CUCAUGUGCGUGUUACAAUUUUAGCGACAUGUAAAAGUAGUAAAAAAUUGUAGUACCUAGGUCCAUAGUGUUUGUAGAUAUUUGUAGUGAUACCAUGGAUAAUCAAGAGGCAAACAAUACGAAAUCGACAUUUUCACACGAUAAAGAAAAUUGUGGUAAAAAUGAAACCACACCUGGAUAUUGUCCUGAAAUUUUUGAUAAUGUUAUGUGCUGGCCCGAAACGCUGGCAGGGACAAUAUCAAAUCAAUCCUGCCCGUACAAGGACAUCCAAGGAAACGAUCUCGAAGCCCUAUCAUACAGAGAAUGUAUGCCUAACGCAACAUGGUUUAUGAUGGACGACAAAACCUGGACAAACUACACUGAUUGCCUGAAAAAGGACGAAAAAAUACUAAACUUUUUAACAUUCAUCAACAAUCUAUAUGUUAUUGGUUACUCCGUAUCGCUGGCAGCCCUUGUUAUUUCCCUAUGGAUUUUUAUUACUUUUAGAACUUUAAGAUGUAUAAGAAUUAGGAUUCACAUUCACCUAUUUAUUUCAUUUACCCUUAAUAAUAUUGCAUGGUUAAUACACUAUAAAUUGGUAACACCAAAUACCAAUGUAACACAUAUUGAAAAUCCUAUUUGGUGUCAGGCCCUUCACAUUGUCAACCAAUAUUUUAUGUUAGCAAAUUAUUUGUGGAUGUUUUGCGAAGGUCUUCACCUACACCUGGCUUUAGCUGUAGUAUUCGUAAGAGAAGAGUUGACAAUGAAAUAUUUUGUUGGCAUUGGUUGGGGAGCCCCUUUCAUUUUCGUCAAAAUUUACUGCUUUUACCGAAUAUACGGCACCAAAGAUACUGACAAAUGUUGGAUGGACGAAAGCGAUAGCAAACUGAUCCUAACCAUUCCGGUUUUAAUAUCAUUGGUGGCUUCCUUGUUUUUUUUGAUAAAUGUUCUGCGAGUGAUUCUGACCAUAAUGCAUCCAAACUCGCCAAACCCUGCUCCUCAGGGAAUACGAAGAGCGGUCCGGGCCGCACUAAUCCUCAUACCUUUAUUUGGUCUACAUUAUUUUUUGCUGCCCUUUAGACCGGUUAAUGGAGAUCCCUACCAGAGGGUUUACUUUUAUAUAUCUGCUAUUAUCAUUCCAUACCAGGGAUUUUGCGUUUCUUGUAUUUUCUGUUUCGCGAAUCAAGAGGUGCACCAGGCAAUCAAAUCAUUUAUUGGCCGCAGAAUAUACAGAGACUCUAGAUGGAGCAACUAUCAUUAUACAGGGGCAGGGGAAAGUGGAGGUGUUUAUGUUGUAAAUGGAACAGGCCAAUUAAAUAACGUCGCUAUGUCAUCCUUAAGAAGAAAAUCAACCACCAGUACACGAAUAUAGAAUAUAAUAUUUAUUUAUCCAUGUCAAAAUAGUUUUUAACUACUUCUUUAUUGACAAGCCGUGUAUUGAAAAAAUACACAGGCUGAAGUUUGCAACAGGGUAUUAUAGUAUAUUACUAUUACAAGUUUACUGCAUUUCUGUGUUGACAAAAUGUCCAUAGCUUUACCAUAUGACAAGAAAACACAUUUUGCAUUUUACUGCAGUAGAGAAAGCCAUAUUAGGACAGUAUACAUAUAAGUUAAAAUAAACAUUGUUAAGACACACAAACAAAGUUUCUAUAUUUUGUUGCCACUACUGCACCUAUAUAAUAAUAAUCCUUAAAUAAUUAGAACCAAAAUAUUAAAAUAUAUUCAUGCACCUUGUCAUAUUUCAAGAAAUAUUUUAUUAAUUGAUCUUCUGAUUUUAUUAUUCUUAUACAUUUUUAUAAUUUUAAGAUAUUAUUAAAAUACUAUAUGUUUUA